GGGGCUUUGCUGUGUCAUCGUCUACUGAAUUUGCUUACGUGUAGGGAAUGACAGUGAUACGUAUUUGGGUUUUUAUCGGAGGUGUUGAACCACUUGUAGGCUGGUGUUAUGUUGGGAUUAAAUUAUCUCAUACAACUACCGGUCCUGCCUUAUUAUCACAAUGCCGUGUAGGAAGAGCGUAUUGUCCUUAGGGAACCUCUGUGUUCUGAGCAUCACCCAGCUGCUGGUAGAUGUCAUUCAUCUGAGCAGUGAGGAGAGACAAGAGAAGGCAAAGUGCAAUGACCAGCAAGAGAAAUCAACAGGUGUGAGUGACCAGUCCUCAGAUGCCAGUCAGAAGCAGGAAGAAGCAACAGGUGCAGCUCAGCAGAAUGACACCUCAACAAGUGCGACUGUGGAGGAACAGGUUCAAAUCCAGAAUACCACAGAAGAGAAAGCCCAUGCAGAAGGAACAGCUGAGGAGCCAGGGCAGCCAGAUAUGUGUAACCAUGACGAUUCGAUAAAUCAGGUGCAGGAAGCGGAGGAGAAGAGCAGUGACGAGAAGAGAGAAGAGAAGGAGAAGAGAGAGGAGAAGGAGCAGAAAGAUGAAAAGGUAGAGAAGGGCAGUACAGAGAGUGAUAACAGAAGAGAGAAGGAAAAUGAUAGCCAUAGUGGUGGUUCUCCAGAGGAUAUGAGGGAAAGACUAGAGACACUAAGACAGGAGUUGGGCGUGCAGUUGACAUCCCACUCUCACGUCAUGCUGCACGAACUCCUCUUCUCGAACAUCAUAACACGCCUGGACCUCCUGUACAUGCGGCAGAAGAAGAUACGGAAGGCAGUGCAAGACAUCCUACCUCACUUUCUCAACUCAUCCUUGAGGGAACUCGACUUCGGCAGAACGAAGAUGUUCUCGGAGCAGGAGAUGUGCAAGAUUCUUUUUGAUAACCUACACAAGGCUGUAAACCUCAGGAAGUUAAUGAUUGGACGAUCUUGUUAUUGGCGGUCAAAGAUAUUUGAAAACCUGUGCACAAAACUCACACACUUGCCUCACUUGACAGAGUUAGGGAUUCAGUAUAUUUGCACCCCAGAAAUGAUCAGUGGCCUCUCGGAAUCGUGUCCUCAGCUGUGCGAACUAAAUUUAAAGGGUUCGGAAAAGAUAACAGACCAGCAAUGCGAGGAAAUAGCCAAGUGCGCAAGCCUCAAGAUGCUCGACAUCUCCGGGACACGGAUCACAGGGAAAGGUUGCUGGAAAAUUGUGGAAUCCAUUAAGAAUCUGUCAUGGCUGCAGCACUGUGCCUUCAACUGUAACUCUGACUCGCUCCUGUUUGAGUCGAGAGCAGAUCUCUUUGACCGGAUCAAGGAGCAGCUGAUCCACGGUGACGCAACCACGCUCGUGCGGCCAGACCUGAGCACGAGGGACGAGAGAUUCAACCUCAAGAACUUCUGGCUCUUUAACCCCCAGACGGAAGACUUGCUCACCUCGGUUCUUUUCCCGCACCUGGAACACAUAAGGCUGGAUUUCGUGUUUCAAGACAUGACGGAGGAGCCUGAUGUCUCCAUGCUCACCGCGCAGCCGAAGCUGAAAAGACUGCAAGCCAACUUGUAUGACCGGUGUUCAGUGGACUUGGUGAGACGCAUGGUGGAAGCCUGUGGAAGCCAGCUCACUGUGCUAGAUCUUCACUUGGCUGACGACUGGUUCUUCGUUGCUGAGGCACACAAUGUUGUAGCCAGCUGCUGCCCGAAUCUUGUGAAUCUGACGUUUUCUGGUGACUAUAAGGCCAGGUACAGUCUAGAGGACAGUGACGAGCGGUUAGACAUGGGCAUUCCAGCUCCAGCCCACCGGCACCUAGAGCACCUCAACCUGACCGGUGUGAUCAGUAACCGCCGCCUGAGAUUUGUGCUGAGCCACACACCAGCCCUCCGCACCCUACACCUAGACGGGGAGCUAGAGUGGCUGCACGAUGCGACCUUCACCUCCAUUCUGGAGACCAACCCACUGCCAGAUCUUGAGGAAGUCUGGUUCAACGUCUCAACCACUGUCACAUUAGACACCGUGCGGUUGUUACUAUUGCACGAGAACUCUGUACGAUGCAUUGGACGCUUAUGCCACAUGGGGGCUGCUACCAUGGAGGAGUACCAAGAACUCCUCAGCCUUGUACGAGAGCAUAACCUAGACACAAAGUUAAUCUGGGUAACAGAUGAGCGGGUAAAGUAGAUGUUUUAAACAAGGAUAAAGGACUUUGUGAGCUAAUUUGAAGACCUCAAGUGAACCUUAUAUCUUUAUGUAUAGGUAAGCAUAAUAUAUGUUUGUAUAUAUGUAUAUGCUUUGUAUUGAUAUCGAAACAGUGAAAAGUGAGUGGAUGACUUGAAUGAAUGGACUUUCUGGUCAUUAUUAUUUAUGCAAUUUUAUUUUUGUAAAGGCACCUUCCUUUCCCAACCACAUUUUCUGCAUUAGCCAUAUGUGUAUCCAUGAACAUGUCUGUUAUAUUUGCAUGAGCUUCUUCAUGCAUCCAAAGAUCAGAUUGCUGUUGUAUCUGAGGUGUAAAGAUAAUUCUGACAUUAUAAUAAUGUUAUUGAGUAUUACAAUAUGAAAUAUUUUGUAUUGAGCUGCAUGCAUGUACGCUAUGCAAGAGAAGUUAAGAAUUUUCGAAGGAACUUAAGAAAAUAUUCAUUGGAUAUUUUUUUUAAGAUGUUUCAAAAAAGUUUGUACCUGUAUUAGAAACAAAAAGAUGUUCAAAUUUUCUUUCUUAUGGUCCUAAGAAGGAACUUUAGUUUACGUUGUUUUCUUUCAUAACAUUUUUCCAUUUAUUUAUUUAUAAAUUUAUUUCUUUUGCAUUGAAACUAAUGACUGUAGGCAAGUUAGACAGAUGUUUGUGGUACUACCUUUUGAAAAAUUAUUGUUCGUUGGUGGGCUUUGUCUAUCUUUUCCCAGAUGUUAGGUUAGUUGUCUGUUUGUCAUCUGGCCGUUUGUACUAAUAAAAGUCCCGGAAAGUUGGCUGACAAUAAUUUCGUAAGUGUCUUACUCCAAAUUGAGGCUGUGAGAUAACAACAGAUCCACGGAUUUUUAUGCUGUUUUAAUUGCUCCUAACAGGAUUUUCGUAUUUUUGAACAUACACGUUUCUUUUCUUUUCUUUUUUCUUUUUUUUUUUUUAAUAUAACACUGGAUUGGAUUGGAUUCUUGCGCUGAGAAGAUAGGAACUGCUGUGGAAUACCAGAUAAUAGUAAUUAGAUGUUCUGCUAAUUUUGCCAUUCAUGCUCAUAUUGAACAAACAGGGAAAUUUUCAAUUACAGUAUUAUAUUCACACGAUUAUGAAGUGCAUUUCGUGUCUGCAUAUAAAGAGAUACUUAUUCAAAAUGAGGAAUAAUUAUCAAAAGUGAAUGCUAAACUCUCUUAGGGCUGUUGUGGUCUCCCUCCGACCAUUGCAUUCUGCAACGAGAUAUUAAUGUGCCACUUGAACUAACUUAAUGCUUGAGUUUAAAUCAAGUAUUAUCUUCUGUAGUUUGGGUAGUUGUACAUAGCCUGGAUUAUAAUGAACGAAAGCAUGUGUGAUUGCAGAAGGAAACUUAUUCUGCUGUUUAUGUAAUACUGAUUAAAGUGUAUAGGAACAUGCAGUGGUAAAAAAAAAAAAAAAAAAAAACUUUUCUUUAGGUGCUGAAAAAUUAACUUGUUUGCAUUCUCCAUAAAAAUGCUAUUAACCUAUUGUUGUCUUGUACUUUCACUGCCCACUAUGAUUUUGUUUUAUUAUUUUGUUUACACAAUGGCACCACAAGUUCUUAAUCACCAAGUUAAUUACUAGGCCUGUCAGAUCUUACCUGCUUUCCCAUUUCUGUGAAUUUUGGUGAAAAAGUUAUCAGUUAUUCUUAUUGAUGUUAUUAUUAUUAUUAUUAAUCAUCAUCAUCAUCAUUAUUAGGAUAUAAUAUUAAUACUGAUAAUAAUGAAAACAAGACUGUAAGUGGAUGAGGUUAGAUUGGCCUAGAUAUUGAAGUAUUGGUAACUGAGUGUUUCUGGAGUCAUAUGUAUGUAAAUAAAAUAAAUAAAUAGUGGACAGGUAUGUUCCUUGUGUCAGUGGGUUAGUACAAUAAUAGGCUGUUAUUGUAAAUGGUUCAGUUAUUGAUUGUUAUUAUUAUAAUUAUUAUCAUUACUGUUAUUAUUAUUAUUUUUUUAUUACAACUACAACUAUUGUUACUACUUCUACUACUAUUAUUACUACUACUACUACUACUACUACUACUACUACUACUACUACUACUGUUAUUAUUGCUGUUAUUUUUUUCUCUUCAUUUUUCUCUCUUUUGGUUGAGAUUGACACAAGGAAAGAAAGUACUUGAUAUAUACCAUUUCAGUAACACAUGAGACUACCAUUCUUGCUCUUGAUGUUUAAUAGAACAUUGUCACAGUUCUCAAGUGCAAUUUUGAAUAGAUUUUACAGUAUUUUUGAAGUGAAAGAAAAAUGUCCAAAACUCAAAAUAAGGCUAACUGAAAAUGGUUUUAUCCACACACACAUACAUAUACAUACAUACAUACAUACAUAUGUAU